UUUAAUUACACAAAAGCUGCAGCAGCCAGUUGUAUCCAUUCAUUUCCACAUUAUCUAAUCAUCCCAAUUAACCUUUUUUUUCAAGUCUAUUGAUUUACGUGACCAAAACCAACUGGGUUAUCUAUCAAUAGUAGUUAACUUCAAAUAUGGAAGUCGUAACAUACACAGAUCCAAACACCCACUCGCCACCGUGGCAAGAAAUGUUCCGAUCUGCUUCAACCCACAAACCCACCCCCACCCCUAACCCACCAUCUCCGGCACCACCACCACCACCGCCAGCCGCCGAAGCUUCAAUCUCCGGCGACCCUCAGGUGCGUCUGGCUCUAUACAUAGCUAUGGCUCACGCCGGUUUUGCUUUCACAUUUUUCAUCUUUUUCGGCGUUUAUAAACUUCUCGAACAAUACCUCCGACCAAUUCUUUGGGCCGUACUAUGUUCGAUCCCUUUACGAGGUAUCCAGCAAACCCUUGUGUCGUUCUGGUCUGAGCCUCUAGAAUUAGGGCUUACUGAAACUAUACUAGCUAUACCUGUAUAUAUGUUCAGGGUUUUUAUAGGUGCCCUUGUUGAAAUCAGGGAGAUUUUUUUCAAGAUUGUUUGGAAAAGGAAGAAACAGGAGGUUAUGAAGCGAAAACGGUCGAAAUUUUCGGUUUUGUUAAGAUGGUUGUUGUCGUUUUGGGUGUUUGUCAUGGUUUAUGAGCAGUUUGGUGGGUUUGGGGCUGUUUGUUUGUUGGUGUUAGGGUUUAUGUUUACUUCUAAAACUGUGGAUAGUACUAUGAUUUACGUUACGUCGUUUAGGCGAAAGAGUUUUAAGCGAAGCCCGUAUUCCGGGUUUUUUACUAAGCCGGUGUUGAAGCGGCUCGAGACGAUUGUUGCGAUCGGGUUGAUCGUCGGGAUGAUUGUUGGGAUGAUGAGUAUGGUUUUGUUUUUUUCGUAUAAGGUUGGGAUGGAGGGGAAAGAUGUGGUUUUUACGGUUAAGUCUCACGUUGAGGAGAGUAAUUACGCGGAGAAGAUCGGUUUGAAACAAUGGAUGGAUGAGAACGAUGUGUCGGGUAUGUUGGAUCGAUACACGACGCAGUUUUACGAGACCGUGUAUGAACAGAUCGAUAGUUUGGCGAUGCAGUAUAACAUGACGGAGUUCGUUGAAGAGAUUAAGAAUAUAGUUUCGCCGCGGUUUACCAACACUUCGGCCCAUUUGACCGCGUUGACUUUACCAAACCCGUAUGCUGAAAAGAUUCUAAAUUUGAGAAGACGGGUCGUUAACCGGGAAUGGGCCGAGAUUUAUCCCGAGAUUAGUGGUUUGUUUAAAGAAGUUGUGAUUAGUAGAGAAGAUAUCACUCAAAAAGCAAAAGCUAUCGCUUUUCAAGGGAAAAACGUGCUGCAAAAUGUGUUUGUUAGUAGUACGUCGAUUAUCGGUGGUAGUAGUAAGCUCGUUUUUGUGAUUAUCGGGUCGAUCGUAUCGGGGGCUGCUGGUGUUUUAAACUUUGUUUCACAAACGAUGGUUUUCAUAUGGGUUUUGUACUCGCUUAUAACGUCGGGUUCGGGUGGUGUUACCGAACAAGUUAUGUGUAUGCUCCCGAUUUCACGAUCGGCCCGGGCCCGCUGCGUUGAUGUUCUUGAUAAAGCUAUUUCGGGUGUUCUUUUAGCGACGGUUGAGAUUGCGUUCUUUCAAGGGUGUCUUACUUGGCUAUUGUUUAGGUUGUUUGAUAUUCAUUUUUUGUAUAUGUCUACUGGUCUUGCGAUUAUCAGCCCGUUUUUCCCGAUAAUUCCGUAUUUUAUUUCAACGAUUCCCGUUGCAGUGGAAUUGGUGCUUGAAGGUCAAUAUGUUGUUGCGGUUUGCUUAUCGAUUAUUCAUUUUGUUCUUAUUGAAUAUGGUACGACUGAAAUUCAAGAAGACAUACCGGGCAAUAGUGCUUAUCUCACUGGGCUUAGUAUUAUUGGUGGGGUCGCUUUGUUCCCGUCUGCAGUCGAGGGAGCGAUAAUGGGGCCGCUAAUAACGACAGUUGUUAUAGCUCUAAAGAAUCUGUAUGUAGAGUUUGUUUUGGAUGAACAGGAUAAAGCAGAAAAAGACUAAAAUGCCCUCCAGGUGGGAGGAUUGUUUGUAUUUGUAUAUUAUUAGUAAAUGCAGCUUGUUUGGGUUCAUGAGUCAUGAGACCCUACCCUUUAGAGGAAUGGUGUUAAGUAGAGUGAUUUUGUCAGGGUAAAAAUUGUAUGAUUUCAUUAGCAACUGUAGUAUGUUGAUAUUUCUUGGUUGUGUGUAAAUUACUAUGUAAUUACAAGUUUGUAAAAAUUUGUUGUGCGCUUGGGUGUUUGGUGUUA